UGUUUGUCACGACCCAGCGCCGACAGCCCAUCUUCGUUGAAACGCUUAGACUUAAAAUUAGUUAAUGGACGAGAUCGACCCGACACGAUUGUUUGAAUAAUUUUCAUAGCCUACACAAAAGUGCCAUACCGGGAUGAUAGAACAAACGUCAGGAACCCAACUAAGGACUAACGUUGUUGAUGGAAAGGGGCGACUAUUGCACGAACCGAGGGCAAGUUAGGCUUGUAUAUGAACUCAGAUCUACAGUUUCACUUCCUCUACGAUAGCUACAGUUUGAUUGAUGUAGAGGCAGGUCAGGGAGUUGGAGGGCAUGACGAAGGACAGCUUUGCAGGGGGGCAUCCCACGGCCCUCCUGUCAACCUGCAAGCUGCUGACUGUGCAUAGGGAGCUACUGGUGGGACAGGUGAAGAACAUACAGUGCAUACUGGACAACUUACAGCUCACUGGCUUCUUCUGUACCGAAGAUACAGAGAUCGUUCUGCGCUCAGCCACCAAGACUGAGCAGGUUCGUAAGAUCCUGGAGCUGGUCCAGAGCAAAGGGGAGGAGGCUUCCGAAUACUUUGUAUAUGUUCUGCAUGAGGCCUGUGAUGCAUACAUUGACCUGCGUCCCUGGUUGCUAGAGAUCCAGUAUAAGCCUUCUGAUUCUAUUAAGGAAAUACCAGUGAUCAAUACUGACCCAAUUAGUAAGUAUUGCAAAAAAUUACGUCAUGAACUGGGACAAGACACCCGCUUCAUCACCUCAUAUGCCCAAAAAGAGGAGACUCUGCUAGAGGACGUCUACACAGACACCCUGAUGGAGCUGCUCAGUGAGAAGAAUGAGAGCCUGGGCUACUUGGACAGCCUGGAUGAGCUCUUGGGCCAGCAGGGGGUCUUCAAUGAGCAUGCUGAGACAAUCUUCAUCGUAGGUGAUGCUGGUGUGGGCAAGUCCAUUCUGCUCCAGCAUCUCCAAAACCUGUGGUCCAAGAGGGAGCUCCCCAGUAUUGAAGCUAAAUUCUUCUUCAAAUUCCGCUGCCGGAUGUUUAGUGCCUUCAAGGAGAUGUAUGAAAUCUCCCUCAGAGACCUCCUCUUCAAGCACAACUGCUAUCCAGAUGGUGAUUUGGAUGAUGAGGUUUUUAGUUAUAUAGUGCGCUAUCCUGAAACGGUGCUCUUCACCUUUGAUGGCUAUGAUGAGAUCCAUUCUGACUUUGACUUGGAGAACCUGCCUGAGGUUGUCUCACCUGAGGAGAAGGCUCACCCUCUGAUGCUGCUUACUAACCUGCUUAGUGGGAAGCUGCUCAAGGGUUCCAGGAAGAUACUGGCAGCCAGGACUGGCACUGAGGUCCAGAGCCGGGUGGUCCGGAAGAAAGUGUUCCUGAAAGGGUUUUCACCAAAUAACCUGCAGCAGUACACUGCUUUGUACUUCCAUGAGAGAGAUUACCAAGAAAUUGUGAUGUUGCAGUUGGAUGCUAACCCCCACCUCUGCAGCCUCUGCUCCAUCCCCCUGUUCUGCUGGAUCAUCUUCAAGAGCUUCAAGCAUCUCCGCUCAAUGUAUGAUGACUUUGAGCUUCCAGACACUUGUGUGACCCUCACCAGUGUAUUUCUUAUGCUGUGUGAGGUUUUCCUUGGCCACUCCUCUCGUCCUGGCCCGCUGAAGAGGAGCACCAGGUGCCCUGCUGACACCUUCAGAGGUGGGACUCGCACUCUAGCAGGCUUUGCAAAGCUAGCCCAACUUGGGAUGGAGAAGGGUGGCUUUGUGUUCAGCCAGGAUGAGGUCGUCUCUUGCGGCAUUACUGCAGAGGAUUUGCAGUUGGGCUUCCUGAGACCAGUAAGCAAUUAUGAUAGCUGCGGGAACCCAGCCACUUUUGAGUUCUUGCACUUGACCCUCCAGUCCUUCCUUUCUGCAUUCUCUCUGGUUCUGGAUGAGAGCACUGUCCCUAUGGAAAUCCUGAAAUUCUUUACUGAGUGUGAGUACCAAAAAGAUCACCAUUUCCAAUUGUGUGGCCCUUGUCUGGGAAGCUCCAAACCCAAGGGCAAGAACCCCUUCCAGACUAAUGAGCACCUCCAGUUUGCAAACCUCUUCCUUUGCGGACUGCUCUCAAAGUCCAGUGCUGGCCUGCUGGAGCACCUAGUCCCCCCGUCCUCACUGAAGAAGAAGAGGGCGGUCCUUAAGUCAUAUUUGGCAAACUGUGUAAAGUCACACCUGAAGGGCCUGCCACGGCACCCCAGUGAAACUGAGGGCUGCAAGGUCCAAGUAAUGCCCCACUUCCUGUGGAUGCUGAGGUGCAUCUUUGAGACUCGCAGUAAUGAUGUAGCCCGGGUGACGGCCAGAGGGAUCUCUGCAGACAACAUCAAGUUGACAUACUGCAACAUGUCCUCUGCCGACUGCAGCGCACUCAACUUUGUCUUGCACCACCACCGCAAACAUCUGGGUGUGGACAUGGACAACAAUAAUAUCAGUGAUUAUGGUGUGAAGCAGCUUCAGGUCUCCUUUUGUAAGAUGACCGUGAUCAGGUUGAGUGUCAAUCAGAUCACAGACUGCGGCAUAGAGGUAUUGGCUGAAGAACUUGUAAAACACAAGGUGAUCAAGGUUCUAGGGCUUUAUAAGAAUCAAAUCACUGAUGUUGGAGCCAAACUGAUUGCACAGAUUAUUGAGGAAUGUCCCCAUCUAAUGACUCUUAAACUUGGCUGCAACAAGAUCACAAGCGUGGGAGGGAAAUACCUGGCCAGUGCAAUUCAAAAGAGCAAAUCCAUCUUUGAUGUGGGAAUGUGGGGGAACACCAUUGGGGAUGAAGGAGCAGGAGCAUUUGCUGCAGCCUUGAAGAAUCAUGCCAGCCUCACCAAUCUCAGCCUGUCUGCAAAUGGCAUCACCUCAGUGGGAGGGAGGAGUCUGGCAGCAGCAUUAAAAGAGAACACAUCUCUUCACAUCUUCUGGUUGGUUCAGAAUGAGCUUACUGAUGAUGCUGCCACAGACCUUGCAGAAGCAGUCAGGAUCAACUCUGGAUUAAGAUGUCUCUGGCUAAUAGACAACCAGUUUACAGUACACGGAGCCAGAGUACUGGCUGACGCGCUGCCUUCUAACUCUUCCCUUAAAGAGAUCUGUAUGAAGGGAAACCAGCUCUCUGAGGAGGAAAAGAAACUAUUUAAAAUGGAGCCCCGGCUGCGUUUUUCCUGACCAAUGAAAAUGAGGCAACUUGAAAGUCUUUUACCCCAGAGGUUGUGCAUACACUCAGCAAGCACUUCAGCUUCGACCAGCCUGGCCAUUCUCCUCUGACGUCUCUCAUUAACAAGGCAUUUCUGUCUGCAGAACUGCUACUCACUGGAUUUCAUUUUUGUUUUUUUGCACCAUUCUUUGCAAACUCUAGAGACUAGUCUCCUUAAAAUCCCAGGAGAUCAGCAGUUACUGAAAUACUCAAACCACCCUGUCUGCCACCAACCAACGUAUCUACAUGAAUGUAUGCAUUGCACUACUGCCACAUGAUUGGCUGAUUAGAUAGUCGCAUGAAUGCAUAGGUGUAAAAAGGAAAAAUGCUUGUGAGUGUAUAUGUGCCUGUGUAUGGCCAAGUGCCGGAAACACGUAUUCUAGCCCGUUUGUGUAUUUUAUAUUACGUAUUGUAUUUUUACGUGUAUUAAGUUUUUUUUUUUUAUUGCAAAAAAGUUUGUAUUAUGUAAUUGUGUGCAUUGUAGCAAAAGUUAUUUUAAUGUUCUUCAAACACUUUUUUAUGUUACAAUACUAAUUGUGGUUUCAUUUUGAAAUAUGUAGUUGCAUUGAUAUGUGAGAAAUUGGUUUGUACUGUUUGAAGAGGGUCAUGUAUACACUUGAAUUUGGCUUAAUGCUACUUAAACAGUGUUCGUUUGAUACUUCCUGUUUGAAACUAACAUUGGCUGCAAUAAUGUAUGGCACUUAAGGCUAAAGUAACACAAGGAUGGAUGAAGGUUCACCUUUGAGCAGGUAGCCAUAACUACAGCAUGGGUCACAGUAUAUCCUGCAGGCUGGCAACACACCUCACCCUGCACUCAGAAUAUGAAGUACCCGUAAGCCCUAUGAGAGAGGAAGUUGGAAUAGAUCUAAUUUGCCCGCAAAAGGUUGAGUGCACUGGCUCCAGAUGUGAUCUAAAUUAAAUAUUAAAUCUGUUCAUGAAGAUCUUUUCAUUUCAACUCAAAUUUGGCACACCUAAAUAAAUUAGCAGCUCAAUUUCUCUAGUUGCUCAUUCCAAUGACUUAGUUUUCAAAAAUACUUCUGCAAAGGCUUUGCUCAUGUUUCCUUGCUCAAAAAAUCUUUGAGAGACUCCUAGCUCCUUGAAGGAACAUUUAAUGGACUGGAAUUUCCUUAAAGACUAUCAAUUUCCAGGACAGGCAAACAACAAGGAGACAGGGAAGGAUACAAUAAGCGAUUAAAAGAAGUCCCUGGUCUAUAGACAUCAAAUGGGAUUUUAACCUUUAAAACAAAUAUGAGAUAUGGUCCCUUGCAUUGCCACAUUACUAUUGAUGAAUAUGAAGGUUGGAAUGAACAUAAUAGAUGAAUAGUCUCCAUUCUGAUAUUAUCUGGCUUUCUGAUACUGCACUCCCAAGUUUCCCACACAGCAGUGUUUAAUUGCUAGGUAGGAACAGUAGAAUAUUUCAUGUGCAUCGCUAAUGGUAUAGUAUUACACAUAGGAAAAGAAAGGUGUCUGAUUUGUGUGCAAUAGAUUAUGGCUUUCUCUUUGUUUCUCAAAUAUUGUUGAUUCAAUGCAUAUUCUCGACCUGUAAAUAUGUUUUUGGUAGGCUGAUUAAAAUGCAGACUGUCAAUGACAAAUGUA